AGAAGUAUUUUGACGGAAACCUUGUAAAACUGUAUAAAGUUAACUAUAUGUAUCAGUAUUAUUCAUUCUAAAUAUUAAUCCGUUGUUGACAUAAUUUGAUUAAGAGUUAAAUGUGAGGACAAACUUAGAUCAAUUAAAACUUCAAAAUGUUGUGUGAUCGAAUGGAAUCAGGAAACUUUAAUUCAAAAAGUUUAUAUGAAGAAAACUUUGAAAAGUUGACAAAUAAUUGGUGCGACGUUGAGAGUUUAGCUCUAAUGUACCAAGACAACACACCAUACGAGAGCAGUAUGCUUCAUGUCAUUGACCAAAUGCAGUGCAGUUCAGCAUCUCCAGUUUCUACUGUAACAUCUACCGAACAGUGCAAUCUAGGUUUUGGAAAACAAGAUUUGUGUUCAGCGAACCUGUGUCUUGAUACACAAGAAACGAUAGAGGAUUUAUUAGACUUUGACUUUAUUCUUUCGAAUAGUAUUGAGAACAAUUCAUUGUAUCCAGAAGACAACGAAUCAAAAGUCAAGCGCGAGCCAAUAUCACAAGACCCACUUCCAGAUUUUCAUUCUACAUUUAUGGACAUUCCUGAUAUCAAAUUUGACAAUUGUAUGAACAAUAACAACUCAUUAGAAAUGGAAAAUGUGAAAAGUGACUUUUCUAAACCAAUUGUUCCUAAACAAGAGUAUACAGCUAGUUCAUGUAGUACAUAUAUGCACAAUACAAAUACCACCAUGACUGUUCCACAAUCUCACUGUAACGUCGUUACUCCUUCAUCACCUCAUCAGAUGCGAUAUUCUAUAAGUAUUCCAGGCCAUUUAUCGCCUCCUUCAUCACCAGAACUAGGCAAUGUGAUGUCACAAACACACAAUCAAAUGUCAUCAUACCACCUACCACAGUCCGUUCAACAAGUACAUUCACCACAAACCCAUAUGUAUCUGAUGUCUGGUCAUCCAUUUAUGGCCAAAAUGUCACAACAGCCACAGAUGAUGCCACAUCAAAUGAUAACGCCACCAUCCUCGCCACAAUUAGUUGAUCUUCUUCUUCCACAGCAGACGAUGGAACCAGGGACCAUACAGCCAAAGCGAAGAGGUCGUCGUACCUGGGGACGCAAACGACAGACAAGUCACACAUGCACCCAUCCAGGUUGUAGCAAAACUUACACCAAAAGUUCACAUUUAAAGGCUCAUUUGCGAACCCAUACCGGUGAAAAGCCGUAUCAUUGUACAUGGAAAGGAUGUGGAUGGAAAUUUGCCAGAUCAGACGAACUUACUCGCCACUAUCGUAAACAUACUGGUGAUCGUCCAUUCCAGUGUCAUCUUUGCGAACGCGCCUUCUCAAGAAGCGAUCAUUUGUCACUUCACAUGAAAAGGCAUAUUUAACAAUGACAAUGAGGACUCUAAAUUGGUCAAGAACUUAUAUAUGACAUUUAUAUUGACUGUAAUAAUAUUUUUAUACGUCGUAUGAUGUCAGUAUGUAGAGACCAUACCAAUCCGACCAGCGUUGUGCUGGCCGAGAACUACUAUGGUAUGGUGUACCUUGCCGAAAGUCAUGGCUGGUCCGUUUCGGUUAAGGCGAAAAAGUCCAAGUUGGUCUAAAGAGAGUUAACUCUCAAUGUAAAAUUAUCAUGUUAAGAACAUGUAAAAGGUUUUGAUACCAGUGUUGAACACAAGUGCUAUUAAAGACGAACUAUGCAGCGUCAAAAAAAAUUGUAAUGAAAUGCAAGAAUAUGACAAACAACGAAAAGUUAUUUAUUGUUUUUAACUGUCGUGUUAAUGUUAAAACAAUGGACAAGUGCAAUUAUACUAAGUGCCUAUAAUACAUAUUUUAUUUUGUAUUGUUCAUUAAUUUCUUUAUAAACUUAAGUUCUGAAUUAUACAAAUGAAUUUUUCAGAAGGAAAGAUUUAAUCUUGACAUGCAACGCUUGUGACUGGUUUCAAUUGUGUAGACCCGAUUUCAGGUCAUAUGUGUAUACCUUUGUAAUCAGAAAAAGUCAAAUAUAUUAGGAUAGCAAAGAGACCACAUAAUUAUGUUGAUUUCAUCCACCGCAGGAGUCGGUACUUAAUAAUUAAAAUCAAACAAUUGAUUAAAACAUCUUUCUAGGGUUAAUUAUUUUUGUUAUAUUAUUAACUUUGGUGCUUUAUAUUGUUAAAUUAUUUGAUAUUAUUUGUACUUGUAUAUAAUAUGCCCCCCUUACCUAGUCAACGGUGUUCACGUUAAAGUGCCAUAUACUAUAAGUAUAAUAUUAUUAGCAAGUCUGUAAAGUCAGCAUGGUCUGAUUCUUACAGGUCUGUUAACACCUUAAUAUAUAAUAAAUAUGUUUAAAACUUA